AUGAAUGGUUGCAGGCAACACGUUCGCGAUGCGAAAUUUGCUCUUGCCGGACAAUUAUUGAUUCGUUAUCUUCUGGCUCAAGCUCUACAACGUAAAAGUUCAUCGUUCGAAAUUCGACGUACGGAAUAUGGCCGUCCGUUUAUAGAUUCUCCGGAGAAAUUCGAUUUCAAUCUAUCGCAUCACUAUCAUCUAGUUUGUAUUGCUGGAACAUUUCAUGGUUUGAUUGGUUGUGACACUAUGGAGUAUCGCGUGAACACAAAACCGAGAGAAUCAAUUGAAUCAUUGACAGAUCUACUUCGAAAUGAAUUCACGAAAAAUGAAUAUGAUUAUAUUUUGAAGAAAUCUUCAGAUGUAAAUGUUCACUUUCGUCACUUUUAUCGUAUAUGGUGCUUGAAAGAAAGUUAUGUCAAAUGGUUAGGAUGUGGCAUCGGUUUUACAUUAGCACGGAUGAAUUUUUGCAUUCAAACUGAUGAUUUCGACGAGAGUGAUGCUCAACAAGUUCUGUCGGAUACAAAAUUGGAAUUAGAUAAUGCCCCGCUCAAGGAUGACCUUCGAUUUGAUGAACAAAUUAUUCCAUUAGAAAAUAAUGAACAACAAAUUAUUGCCGUGUGUUUAUCAAAUAAGAAUAGUUGUCAGCCGUUCAUUGAAUUGACUAUCGCUGAUAUCUUGCAAGGAUGCUCACCAUUAGAUGAAACGAAGCAAGCUGACGAAAAGUGGUGGAAAAAUUUUCAAACAAUGAAAAUAAAAUGA